AUGGCGUCCAAAGUGCGAGAUGCUGUGGUGUGGUACCAGAAGAAGGUAAGAAUCCUAUUUUUUCUGUUAUAUUUACCUGGUUUGAUUGUUUGAUUCCUUCCAUCUGGAUCCAGUGCCUAUUUUACCUCAGUAGAACGGAGGAAGAGGAAUGAAGAGCGGGAAAAUAAACACUAUAUCCUUCUGUUGACAGACAGGGAGACUGAAGGACUGUUGGUGGUUUUGAUAGGUUUACCUGCUGUUGACAGACAGGGAGACUGACAGACAGUUGGUGGUUUUGAUAGGUUUACUUGCUGUUUCAUUUUGAGUUUAGACCAGUGUCAUUUUAUGACCGUUUGACUAACUGAGUUUUUGCUGUAGGCUAUGUGACGAAGCAACACUCAGUAAGCCUGUCCUCAUGCUGAGGUCUGUGUCUGUGGCCAGCACUGAUGUAACAGAUCCCUGUAACUGGACGGACAGACACAGACAGACAGACGGAGGCUAUUAUUAAUGUUGUCGUGUACCUCUCUGUGUCCUGCCUGCGUCCUUCACUGGCUGACCUGACUGCUCAAUACCGUCUACAUUACAUCAUAGAUUACAGUCAGGAUGUCUAUAUGAUGAAAACACGACCGCUUUUAUUCAGGUCAAGAAACAAGCCUGAAGAUUUGGGGGUUGGCUACUUUUCUAUUAGUGUUUAGUUGAUUGAUACAAUAAUAUACUAAAUAUUUAUAUGCAUAACUUCUUCUAUUUAGGCUAGAUGGUUAAGGUAUGUUAUUGUCUGUUACUAGUUGGGGGGCCAGUAUGAAAAAAAUUAUAAAAAAAUGUAUGCACUAACUGUAAGUCGCUCUGGAUAAGAGCGUCUGCUAAAUGACUAAAAUGUAAAUGUAAAUGUAGUUAGGGAUAAAAAUGGGAAGGCCUAUGAGUCUAUUGGUCUUUUUCAAUGAAGAAAGAGCCAAGCAUUAUUAACCUGGUGGUGUUACGACACCCUAAUGUCUCCACUGUCUGCCUCCCCGUAGAGGACUAUCAUGAAGACUAUUCUGAGCAGGGCUGCUAGUGUUGAUUCAGAGGAGGUAGUGUUGAUUCAAAGCUGGUAGUUCUGAUUCAGAGCUGGUAGUGUUGAUUCAGAGCUGGUAGUGUUGAUUCAGAGCUGGUAGUGUUGAUUCAGAGCUGGUAGUUCUGAUUCAGAGGAGGUAGUUCUGAUUCAGAGCAGGUAGUUCUGAUUCAGAGGAGGGCUGUAUGUUCAUGUCAUAACAGGUUCUGCUAACAGCUAGCAGGGUUGAGUCAUUCCCAUUAAAACACAAUAGGAGCUGUUUGGACCUGGCUGGCUAAAUGACUGUCUGUUUCUCUCUUUCAUUCUCUGCUGGUCUCUCUCUCUCUCUCUCUCUCUCUCUCUCUCUCUCUCUCUCUCUCUCUCUCGUUCUAUGUCUCUAUCGAUCUCUCUACCUCUGUGUCUCUGUCUUUCUCCUUACUUCUCUCCAUCAGUCUCUUUCUAUCGAUUUCUCUUCUCCAUCUCUCUUCAUUUCUCUCUCUCUCUCUCCCUUCCUACUCGCUCUCUCUCUCUCUCUCUCCCUCCCUACUCGCUCUCUCUCUCUCUCUCUCUCUCCCUCCCUACUCGCUCUCUCUCUCGCUCUCGCUCUCUGUCUCUCUCUGCUGAGUCUCUGUCUCUCUCUAUUGUGGCUUAAUGCCCUUUAUAACGAGACGUUUCAUUGCAAGUUUCACUUCCCUCACUGUGGAGAGGUUUAUGGGAAAAGGACAGCUCCUACGAGAGCGGCUCAUAGGAGCAGGAGCAUAUCUCCUGUUUCUGUAGCUGACACUGCUUGAUACAGGUACACCCCCUGGACAGGACGCUAGUCUGUUCCAAUACCAUAGGCCUAUAUCUUAAUCUUGUGUUUGCUUUGCUCCUGCAUAGCUACUUUAAGCUUCAAAAGAAGCUAGCACUCUUGGCAUUGAAUGUCUUGAAAACAUGCUUAUAAUCUUUUCCGUUAGUUGGCACUUGGCAGUGCCAACCAGCUUCACCUGGAAUGCUAUUCCAACAGUCUUGAAAGAGUUCCCACAUAUGCUGAGCACUUCUUGGCUGCUUUUCCUUCACUCUGCGGUCCAACUCAUCCCAAACCAUCUCAAUUGGGUUGAGGUCGGGUGAUUGUGGAGGCCAGGUCAUCUGAUGCAGCAUUCCAUCACUCUCCUUCUUGGUAAAAUAACCCUUACACAGCCUGGAGGUGUGUUUGGUCAGUGUCCUGUUGACAAACAAAUGAUAGUCCCACUAAGCGCAAACCAGAUGGGAUGGCGUAUCGCUGCAGAAUGCUGUGGUAGCCAUGCUGGUUAAGUGUGCCUUGAAUUCUAAAUAAAUCACUGACAGUGUCAACAGCAAAGCACCCCCACACCAUCACACCUCUUCCUCCAUGCUUCAUGGUGGGAACCACACAUGCAGAGAUCAUCCGUUCACCUACUCUGCGUCUCACAAAGACACAGCGUUUGGAACCAAAAAUCUCAAAUAUGGACUCAUCAGACUAAAGGACAGAUUUCCACCAAUCUAAUGUCCAUUGUUCGUGUUUCUUAUCCCAAGCAAUUCUCUUAUUCUUAUUAGUGUCCUUUAGUAGUGGUUCCUUUGUAUAAUUCGAUCACGAAGGCCUGAUUCACGCAGUCCCCUCUGAACAGUUGAUGUUGAGAUGUGUAUGUGUACUUGAACUCUGUGAAGCAUUUAUUUGGGCUGCAAUUUCUGAGGCUGGUAACUGCAGCAGAGGUAACUCUGGGUCUUCCUUUCCUGUGGUGGUCCUCAUGACAGCCAGUUUCAUCAUAGCACUUGAUGGUUUUUGCGACUGCACUUGAAGAAACUUUCAAAGUUCUUGACAUUUUCCAGAUUGCCUGACCUUCAUGUCUUAAAGUAAUGAUGGACUGUCGUUUCUCUUUGCUUAUUUGAGCUGUUCUUUCCAUAAUAUGGACUUGGUCUUUUACCAGAUAGGGCUAUCUUCUCUAUACCUUGUCACAACACAACUGAUUGGCUCAAACACAUUAAGAAAUUCCACAAAUUAACUUUUAACAAGGCACAUCGGUUAAUUGAAAUGCAUUCCAGGUGACUACCUCAUGAAGCUGGUUGAGAGAAUGCCAAGAGUGUGCAAAGUCAACAAUAGACCUACACCUGUAUGAGGUGUGAUGGAGAAAACUGGUGUCCACCCGUCUCUCAUAUAGGUGCAGAAUGGUGUUGCAUUGCAACACAUCUGAAAUGAUGUGUUUGGGUGUAGGCUGUUUGGUUGUGCUAUUGUAGACCGAUGUUGAGACUGAGAGACUGAAGGUCACAGUUUUAGAAAAAUACCCUUGUUGAUUCUGUUCUGUUCCAUAUCCUGUUUUAACCACCCUUAGAUUGGUAGAAUCUAGAAUGUGUCACUGUGAGCUCUUAGUCCUAAAACGUGUGUUUGUGACCACAGCACUGUAAGAUGUGUGUGUGUGUGUGUGUGUGCUGCGGUGUUUAGUAAGGUGUCACUUCCUCUCUCCAUACCAGAUGUGUUCCAGCUGAGCCUCUCUCCAUACCAGAUGUGUCAGUGUUCCAGCUGAGUCUCUCCAUACCAGAUGUGUCAGUGUUCCAGCUGAGCCUUUCUCCAUACCAGAUGUGUCAGUGUUCCAGCUGAGCCUUUCCCAUACCAGAUGUGUCAGUGUUCCAGCUGAGUCUCUCCAUACCAGAUGUGUCAGUGUUCCAGCUGAGUCUCUCUCCAUACCAGAUGUGUCAGUGUUCCAGCUGAGUCUCUCCAUACCAGAUGUGUCAGUGUUCCAGCUGAGCCUUUCUCCAUACCAGAUGUGUCAGUGUUCCAGCUGAGCCUUUCUCCAUACCAGAUGUGUCAGUGUUCCAGCUGAGUCUCUCCAUACCAGAUGUGUCAGUGUUCCAGCUGAGUCUCUCCAUACCAGAUGUGUCUGUGUUCCAGCUGAGCAUUUAUCCAUACCAGAUGUGUCAGUGUUCCAGCUGAGUCUCUCCAUACCAGAUGUGUCAGUGUUCCAGCUGAGUCUCUCCAUACCAGAUGUGUCUGUGUUCCAGCUGAGUCUCAAAACAGGCACAAAACAGACCUUUUAUUGUGGAUGGAAAAUGUUUUACCUCAGACGUAAAGCACUGCAGGGUGUAGUCAGCUAGGGUGUGACUGACAACUCAGAAGUACUCAGAUCCUUUACCAGUAUUUUGUUGAAGCACCUUUGGCAGCGAUUACAGCCUGGAGCCUUCUUGGGUAUGACGCUACAAGCUUGGCACACCUGUAUUUGGGGAGUUUCUCGCAUUCUUCUCUGCAGAUCCUCUCAUGCUUUUGUCAGGUUGGAUAGGGAGCGUCACUCCACAGCUAUUUUCAGGUCUCUCCAGAGAUGUUCAAUCGGGUUCAAGUCCGGGCUCUGGCUGGGCCACUCAUGGACAUUGAGACUUGUCCCGAAGCCACUCCUGCGUUGUCUUGGCUGUGUGCUUAGGGUCAUUGUCUGUUGGAAGGUGAACCUUCGCCCCAGUCUGAGCUCCUGUGCGCCCUGGAGCAGGUUUUCAUCAAGGAUCUCUCUGUCCUUUGCUCCGUUCAUCUUUCCCUCGAUCCUGACUAGUUUCACAGUCCCUGCCGCUGAAAAACAUCCCCACAACAUGAUGCUGCCACCACCAUGCGUCACUGUAGGAAUGGUGCCAGGUUUCUUCCAGACGUGACGCUUGGCAUUCAGGCCAAAGAGUUCAAUCUUGGUUUCAUCAGACCAGAGAAUCUUGUUUCUCAUGGUCUGAGAGUCCUUUAGGUGCCUUUUGGCAAACUCCAAGCGGGCUGUCAUGUGCCUUUUACUGAGGAGUGGCUUCCAUCUGGCCAUUCUACCAUAAAGGCCUGAUUGGUGGAGUGCUGCAUAGAUGGUUGUCCUUCUGGAAGGUUCUCCCAUCUCCACAGAGGAACUCUGGAGCUCUGUCAGUGUGACCAAUGGUUUCUUGGUCACCUCCCUGACCAAGGCCCUUCUCCCCCGAUUGCUCAGUUUGGCCGGGCGGCCAGCUCUAGGAAGAGUCUUGGUGGUUCCAAACUUCUCCCAUUUAAGAAUGAUGGAGGCCACUGCGUUCUUGGGGACCUUCAAUGCUUCAGAAAUUUCAUGGUACCCUUCCUCAGAUCUGUUGCUCGACACAAUCCUGUCUAAGAGCUCUACGGAUAAUUCCUUCAACCUCAUGGCUUGGUUUUUGCUCUGACAUGCAGUGUCAACUGUGGGAGCCUAUAUAGACAGGUGUGUGCCUUUCCAAAUCAUAUCCAAUCAAUUGAAUUUACCACAGGUGGACUCCAAUCAAAUUGUAGAAACAUCUCAAGGAUGAUCAAUGGAAACAGGAUGCACCUGAUCUCAAUUUAGAGUCUCAUAGCAAAGGGUCUGAAUACUUAUGUAAAUAAGGUAUUUCUGUUUUUUUAUUUUAAUACAUUUGCUAAAAUGUCUAAAAACCUGUUUUUGCUUUGUCAUUAUGGGGUAUUGUGUGUAGAUUGAUAAGGAACAACAUUAAUUUAAUCCAUUUUAGAAUAAGGCUGUAUCGUAACAAAAUGUGGAAAAAGUCAAGGGGUCUGAAUACUUUCCGAAUGCACUGUAGCUAGACCUCCCUGGACUUGCCCCUAACCGCAUAUCUAGCAUCAGAUUACCUGGCGUUCCCUGUCUUAAACUGAACCAUUAGAAACUAACUUAACCACAGAUCUAGGAUCAGGUUUGCCCAAUGUUGUCUUAACCAUUAGAAACUAAUUUAACCACAGAUCUAGGAUCAGGUUUGCCCAAUCUUAACCUUAACCAUUAGAGAGAUGUCCUCGUUCUCAGGUGAGGGUGUGGCUCUGUUGUAGACGCCCUUCACAGCUGAACCACCACACUGUUUUGUGUUACCGUAGCAACAGAGAAAGGCUGACGUGGAUAUUGUUGUUGUUCGUCACCUGUCUUUGAGUUCAGUGAGAGAGAGGUGUCUUAUCCAUUUGAGUUAGCGUUGAUUGACUCUAAUGUGUUGACAUGAACUGUGUUGCCAAAUAGAUCUCAACAAUGACUUCACAGCCCAGAUUAACAAAACCUUCUAAAGAAGAAAUGUCUUCUUUACUUCAGUUUUUUUCUUAACUAUAGACUUAUGAAGAGAGUUAAGUAAAGUAGCUAUUCCUCAAAAAGGUUCUUGGAAAUGGUUGUACGGUAUUUCUUAUACCUCUCCUUAAGAGAAAAUGUUGAGAAGAAAUUGGAUUCUUGAAAAUAUAGUUAUUCUAUUAGUUCUUGUUUUGUAAUCUUCAGUGGAAUCACAUCACUAUGGUUACACGAGCUUACUGUGUACCUCAACUCAGAGUAGUAGUGACAUGCUGACAUCAAAGAGGUUGUCUCCAUCACAACACAGCAGCUGCUGUCAGUCAAUUCCCCUUUGUUAGAAAAAAGGUGAGAAAAUCCCAACAAAAACAGUACUACCUUGUUACCUGAGAGACGUCGUUGAGGCAUUAUCCAAAAUAACAAUGUAGCCCUUGAUUUAUUGUUUGUGUUCAUGGAAUGUGCCUUGUCUUAGUAGGUGGAGAGAGAAGGAACAUAACUAGUUUUAAGUGUGUGUGUGUGUGUGUGUGUGUGUGUGUCCUGUAGUGAUAGAGGGACAGGCUUUCAUUGUGCUGUAGAACAGAACAUAAUGCUAUCUCUCUCAGAGGAGGGAAAGGGGGAUACCUAGUCAGUUGCGCAACUGAAUCCAUUCAAUCAAAAUGAGUCUUCUGCAUUUAAGAACACAGAGGUGCUGGGUGAGAGCAUCUUUAAUAAGUCACAAUGGACUACAGCACUCUAACACAAACACACACACACACACACACACACACACACACACACACACACUGGACUGUCUCGUUGACUUUACUAAGGACGAAUUCCCACUGUCUGACAAAUGUACAUUUACAUUUACGUCAUUUAGCAGACGCUCUUAUCCAGAGCGACUUACAAAUUGGUGCAUUCACCUUAUGAUAGCCACUUUAUAAAUGUUGUUUUUAAUUUUUAUUAUUAUUAUUUUAUAUAUUUUGUGUGGGGGGGGGGGGUAGAAGGAUUACUUUUAUACUAUCCCAGGUAUUCCUUAAAGAGAUAGGGUUUCAAGUGUCUCCGGAAGGUGGUCAGUGACUCCGCUGUCCUGGCGUCGUGAGGGAGCUUGUUCCACCAUUGGGGUGCCAGAGCAGCGAACAGUUUUGACUGGGCUGAGCGGGAACUGUGCUUCCGCAGAGGUAGGGGAACCAGCAGGCCAGAGGUGGAAGAACGCAAUGUCCUCGUUUGGGUGUAGGGACUGAUCAGAGCCUGAAGGUAAGGAGGUGCCGUUCCCCUCACAGCUCCAUAGGCAAGCAUCAUGGUCUUGUAGCAGAUGCAAGCUUCAACUGGAAGCCAGUGGAGUGUGCGGAGGAGCAGGGUGACGUGAGAGAACCUGGGAAGGUUGAACACCAGACGGGCUGCAGCGUUCUGGAAUGAGUUGUAGGGGUUUAAUGGCACAGGCAGGGAGCCCAGCCAACAGUGAGUUGAAGUAAUCCAGACGGGAGAUGACAAGUGCCUGGAUUAGGACCUGUGCCGCUUCCUGUGUAAGGUAGGGUCGUACUCUGCGAAUGUUGUAGAGCAUGAACCUACAGGAUCGGGUCACCGCUUUGAUGUUAGCAGAGAACGACAGGGUGUUGUCCAGGGUCACGCCAAGGUUCUUUGCACUCUGGGAGGAGGACACAAUGGAGUUGUCAACUGUGAUGGCAAGAUCAUGGAGCGGGCAGCCCUUCCCUGGGAGGAAGAGCAGCUCCGUCUUGCCGAGGUUCAGCUUGAGGUGAUGAUCUGACAUCCACACUGAUAUGUCUGCCAGACAUGCAGAGAUGCGAUUCGCCACCUGGUUAUCAGAAGGGGGCAGGGGCGGUGUGUUCAUUAGGGCGAUAUGGGCGAUGCACUGCCAAACGGGAAAAGGAAGGGAUUUUUUUUCUAAUCAAUUAUAUCACGGCAACAGUAGUUAUCAGUAUUCUAAUCUAGACGUCUGAUCUGCCACUAAAUGUCCAAUCAGGCUAAAGUCGUGCUUCAAAUGCAACUCGAUUGUCUCUUUGAAAGAAGUUCCUUUUUGUCGGCGAACAAAUCAAGAUAAAUUGGCAACGAAACAAUUAGGACCUCCCAGACCAAAUUUAAUAAUUCAACAGGUUUCUACUAAAGGGGGAAAGUCCUACACCCGAGGAUUUUCCAAAAAUUGGUACGAACGAAAAACCUGGCUAGCAGGCUGUGAUGUAGCUAAUGCAGUCUUCUGCUACCCCUGCUUACUCUUUCACCCUGAAGGCGGCACGGCAGACAGCACCGCUUGGACAGCGACUGGUGUAACGGACAUGCACCAUCUUUCAGAAAAGAUUAAGAAACAUGAGCUGUCAAAGACCCACAUGGAUAGCUGUUUGAGAUUGUCUGCUUUGGGGAGAGUGAACAUUGCCACUCAACUGGAUGAGGGAUACAGGCUAGCUGUCCGCCGCCACAACGAUGAGGUUAGCAAGAACCGCCACAUCCUCAGCCGGCUAAUCCAGUGUGUGAAGUUUUGCGGAGUGUUUGAGUUAGCUUUGCGAGGCAAAGAUGAAACUGAGGGCUCCACCAACCCUGGUAUUUUUCAUGGACUUGUCAACUUUGUGGCACAAUUAGAUGAGGUGUUUUAUGGAAAUGCAUAUUGUUUAUGUAGUGUUGAGGAAUGUGAAAGAACACCCUUGAUUAUUUUUACUGUGAUAACUUAUUUUGCUUUUGUAAGCCAACACUUUUGAGAUCAGUCAAUAAAUGCUUCUGGUAUUGACUUAUAUGCUACCCCUGUCUUCAUGUUGUUGCUGGACAUAUCUUUUUUAAAAUGUGUGUAGGUCACCUAAAUCAUCAGAAAAAUUGCCCCCCCUGAGAAUUUUUUCAGGAGCCGCCACUGGAAGGGGGAAAGGAGAAUAUUAACUGUGUGUCGUCUGCGUAGCAAUGAUAGGAGAGACCAUGUGAGGAUAUGACAGAGCCAAGUGACUUGGUGUAUAGAGAGAAUAGGAGAGGGCCUAGAACUGAGCCCUGGGGGACACCAGUGGUGAGAGCACGUGGUGCGGAGACAGAUUCUCGCCACGCCACCUGGUAAGAGCGACCUGUCAUGUAGGACUCAAUCCAAGAGUGAGCCGCGCCGGAGAUGCCCAACUCGGAGAGGGUGGAGAGGAGGAUCUGAUGGUUCACAGUAUCAAAGGCAGCAGAUAGGUCUAGAAGGAUGAGAACAGAGGAGAGAGAGUUAGCUUUAGCAGUGCGGAGAGCCUCCGUGACACAGAGAAGAGCAGUCUCAGUUUAAUGACCAGUCUUGAAACCUGACUGGUUUGGAUCAAGAAGGUCAUUCUGUGAGAGAUAGCAAGAGAGUUGGCUAUAGACAGCACGCUCAAGAGUUUUGGAGAGAAAAGAAUGAAGGGAUACUGGUCUGUAGUUGUUGACAUUGGAGGGAUCGAGUGUAGGUUUUUUGAGGAGGGGUGCAACUCUUUCGCUUUCUUGAAGAUGGAAGGGACAUAGCCAGCGGACAAGGAUGAGUUGAUGAGCGAGGUGAGGUAAGCGAGAAGGUCUCCGGAAAUGUCUGGAGAAGAGAGGAGGGGAUAGGGUCAAGCGGGCAGGUUGUUGGGCGGCCGGCCGUCACAAGUCGCAAGAUUUCAUCUGGAGAGAGAGGGGAGAAAGAAGUCAAAGCAUAGGGUAGGGCAGUGUGAGCAGGACCAGCGGUGUCAUUUGACUUAAUAAAUGAGGAUCGGAUGUCGUCAACCUUCUUUUCAAAAUGGUUGACGAAGUCAUCCACAGAGAGGGAGGAGGGAGGGGGAGGAGGAGGAGGAUUCAGCAGGGAGGAGAAGGUGGCAAAGAGCUUCCUAGGGUUAGAGGCAGAGGCUUGAAAUUUAGAGUGGUAGAAAGUGGCUUUAGCAGCAGAAAGAUGGAAAGAUGACAGGUCCGCAGGGAGUCUAGUUUUCUUCAAUUUCCGCUCAGCUGCCCGGAGCCCUGUUCUGUGAGCUCGCAAUGAAUCGUCAAGCCACGGAGCAGGAGGGGAGGACCGAGCCGGCCGGGAGGAUAGGGGACAUAGAGAGUCAAAAGAUUCAGAGAAGGAGGAGAGGAGGGUUGAGGAGGCAGAAUCAGGAGAUUGGAGGGAGAAGGAUUUAGCAGAGGGAAGAGAUGAUAGGAUGGAAGAGGAGAGAGUAGCGGGAGAGAGAGAGAGAGCGAAGGUUGCGACGGCACAUUACCAUCUGAGUAGGUGCAGAGUGAGUAGUGUUGGAGGAGAGCGAGAGAGAAAAGGAUACGAAGUAGUGGUCGGAGACAUGGAGGGGAGUUGCAGUGAGAUUAGUAGUAAAGAUGAGGUCAAGCGUAUUGUCUGCCUUGUGAGUAGGGGGGGGACGGUGUGAGGGUGAGGUCAAAAGAGGAAAGGAGUGGAAAGAAGGAGGCAGAGAGAAAUUAGUCAAAGGCAGACGUAGGGAGGUUAAAGUCACCCAGAACUGUGAGGGGUGAGCCAUCCUCAGGAAAGGAACUUAUCAAGGCGUCAAGCUCAUUGAUGAACUCUCCAAGGGAACCUGGAGGGCGAUAAAUGACAAGGAUGUUAAGCUUGAAUGGGCUAGUGACAGCAUGGAAUUCAAAUGAGGCGAUAGACAGAUGGGUCAGGGGGAAAAGAGAGAAUGUCCACUUGGGAGAGAUGAGGAUUCCUAUGCCACCGCCGCGCUGACCAGAUGCUCUCGGGGUAUGCGAGAACACAUGAUCAGACGAGGAAAGAGCAGUAGGAGUAGCAGUGUUUUCUGUGGUAAUCCAUGUUUCCGUCAGCGCCAAGAAGUCGAGGGACUGGAGAGUGGCAUAGGCUGAGAUUAACUCUGCCUUGUUGCCGCAGAACAGCAGUUCCAGAGGCUACUGGAGACCUGGAACUCCACGUGGGUCGUGCGCGCAGGGACCACCAGAUUAGAGUGGCAGCAGCCACGCCGUUUGAAGCGUUUGUAUGGCCUGUGCGGAGAGGAGAGAACAGGGAUAGACAGACACAUAGUUGACAGGCUACAGAAAAGGCUACAAUAAUGCAAAGGAGAUCGGAAUGAAAUUAACUAAGCAUCUGGGAAAGCGAGAGAGCGGGGCCUCCCUCACGUUUCACUGAAACACUCAAAUAUAACUCUCCCAACUUCCACUUUAGAUUAAUAGACUUUAGUUAGUGUCUGGUCUGUUAGCGAUGUUACCAAACAGACUAGUUCUGUCUCUUACCUCUAGUUAGUGUCUGGUCUAUUAGCGAUGUUACCAAACAGACUAGUUCUGUCUCUUGCCUCUAGUUAGUGUCUGGUCUAUUAGCGAUGUUACCAAACAGACUAGUUCUGUCUCUUGCCUCUAGUUAGUGUCUGGUCUAUUAGCGAUGUUACCAAACAGACUAGUUCUGUCUCUUACCUCUAGUUAGUGUCUGGUCUAUUAGCGAUGUUACCAAACAGACUAGUUCUGUCUCUUACCUCUAGUUAGUGUCUGGUCUAUUACACAUAACUGCAAUGAGGACUUGUUGUCAUUUAGGAAAAUCUCUUAUGUUAGAAAACCAAUUCCAUUGAGUGAAUACACUUUUUUGAUUCAGAAAUGUCUAUGUUAAGAUUGACAUUUUUGUUCAUGCAUUCAAUAAAAAUGGAUUACAUUCUUUGGGAAAAAUCACGACACUCAACUAUUACCUGGUAUGUUAAGUUAAUGGUGAUUAUAUUAUACGGUGCUCUGCAGAGAUGUCUGGCUGUCUAUAACAACUCUGCAGAGAAACAUCACUGCCUCGGCUAAUAAAAAAGUGGUCAGAUGACGCAGAUGCUAAGCUACAGGACUGUUUUGCUAGCACAGACUGGAACAUGUUCCGGGAUUCUUCAGACAACAUUGAGGAGUACACCACAUCAGUCACUGGCUUCAUCAAUAAGUGCAUCGAUGAUGUCGUCCCCACAGUGACCGUACGUACAUACCCCAACCAGAAGCCAUGGAUUACAGGAAACAUCCGCACUGAGCUAAAGGGUAGAGCUGCCGCUUUCAAGGAACGGGACUCUAACCCGGACGCUUAUAAGAAAUCCCGCUAUGACCUCCGACGAACCAUCAAACAGGCAAAGAGUCAAUACAGGUCUAAGAUUGAAUCAUACUACACUGGCUCUGACGCUCGUCGGAUGUGGCAGGGCUUGAAAACUAUUACAGACUACAAAGGGAAGCACAGCCGCGAGCUGCCCAGUGACACAAGCCUACCAGACGAGCUAAACCACUUCUAUGCUCGCUUCGAGGCAAGCAACACUGAAGCAUGCAUGAGAGCACCAGCUGUUCCGGACGACUAUGUGAUCACGCUCUCCGUAGCCGAUGUGAGUAAGACUUUUAAGCAGGUCAACAUUCACAAGGCCGCAGGCCCAGACGGAUUACCAGGACGUGUACUCCGAGCAUGUGCUGACCAACUGGCAAGUGUCUUCACUGACAUUUUCAACAUGUCCCUGACUGAGUCUGUAAUACCAACAUGUUUCAAGCAGACCACCAUAGUCCCCGUGCCCAAGAACUCUAAGAUAACCUGCCUAAAUGACUACCGACCCGUGGCACUGACGUCUGUAGCCAUGAAGUGCUUUGAAAGACUGGUCAUGGCUCACAUCAACAGCAUAAUCCCAGAAACCCUAGACCCACUCCAAUUUGCAUACCGCCCCAACAGAUCCACAGAUGAUGCAAUCUCUAUCGCACUCCACACUGCCCUUUCCCACCUGGACAAGAGGAACACCUACGUGAGAAUGCUAUUCAUUGACUACAGCUCAGCAUUCAACACCAUAGUGCCCUCAAAGCUCAUCACUAAGCUAAGGAUCCUGGGACUAAACACCUCCCUCUGCAACUGGAUCCUGGACUUCCUGACGGGCCGCCCCCAGGUGGUAAGGGUAGGUAACAACACAUCUGCCACACUGAUCCUCAACACGGGGGCCCCUCAGGGGUGCGUGCUCAGUCCCCUCCUGUACUCUCUGUUCACCCAUGACUGCAUGGCCAGGCACGACUCCAACACCAUCAUUAAGUUUGCCGACGACACAACAGUGGUAGGCCUGAUCACCGACAACGAUGAGACAGCCUAUAGGGAGGAGGUCAGAGAUCUGGCCGUGUGGUGCCAGGACAACAACCUCUCCCUCAAUGUGACCAAGACAAAGGAGAUGAUUGUGGACUACAGGAAAAAAAAGAGGACUGAGCACGCCCCCAUUCUCAUCGACGGGGCUGUAGUGGAACAGGUUGAGAGCUUCAAGUUCCUUGGUGUCCACAUCACCAACGAACUAUCAUGGUCCAAACACACCAAGACAGUCGUGAAGAGGGCACGACAAAGCCUAUUCCCCCUCAGGAGACUAAAAAGAUUUGGCAUGGGUCCUCAGAUCCUCAAAAAAUUCUACAGCUGCACCAUCGAGAGCAUCCUGACUGGUUGCAUCACCGCCUGGUAUGGCAACUGCUUGGCCUCUGACCGCAAGGCACUACAGAGGGUAGUGCGUACGGCCCAGUACAUCACAGGGGCAAAGCUCCCUGCCAUCCAGGACCUCUAUACCAGGCGGUGUCAGAGGAAGGCCCUCAAAAUUGUCAAAGACUCCAGUCACCCUAGUCAUAGACUGUUCUCUCUGCUACCGCACGGCAAGCGGUACCGGAGUGCCAAGUCUAGGUCCAAAAGACUUCUCAACAGCUUCUACCCCCAAGCCAUAAGACUCCUGAACAGCUAAUCAUGGCUACCCGGACUAUUUGCACUGCCCCCCCACCCCAUACUGUUUACGCUGCUGCUACUCUGUUAAGUAUUUAUGCAUAGUCACUUUAACUCUACCCACAUGUACAUAUUACCUCAACUACCUCAACUAGCCGGUGCCCCCGCACAUUGACUAUGCAACGGUACCCCCCUGUAUAUAUAGCCUCCCUACUGUCACUUUAUUCUAUUGUGUAUAUAUAGCCUCCCUACUGUCACUUUAUUUUUACUUCUGCUCUUUUUUUCUCAACACUUUUUUUGUUGUUGUUUUAUUCUUACUUUUUUUGUUUAAAAUAAAUGCACUGUUGGUUAAGGGCUGUAAGUAAGCAUUUCACUGUAAUGUCUGCACCUGUUGUAUUCGGCGCAUGUGACCAAUAAAAUUUGAUUUGAUUUGAUUUGAUUUGGUGUCCUUGGCUGAGCAUGAGAAGCUGAACUGACAAACACUACACCUGGGAUAUAGUAGAUGCAUGCAUGUACGGGUAUUACAAAUGACAGGUUGUUAGCUGUAGCAGCAGGCUGUGUUAAAUGAGACAGAUGUUAGCUUUCUUAAUGUAUUUUCUGCCCUGAGGGAGGAGAGGAGUGGAGAGGAGAGUGGGUCCUUGUAGGUGGAGCAUCAGUUCUGAGUGUGGGUCAGCAAUUGGAGGUGACUGAUUGUUCUUGGAUCAGUGUUCAAUCAUCCAGCCUGUCUGUGUGUGACUGACUCUCUCUGUUUGUCUACUACAUUAUAAUAUACACACACAGAGACAUCUCCCCCCUCCUCCUCCACAUUAUAACACACAGAGACAUCUCCCCCCUCCUCCACAUUAUAACACACAGAGACAUCUCCCCCCUCCUCCACAUUAUAACACACAGAGACAUCUCCCCCCCCCCUCCUCCACAUUAUAACACACAGAGACAUCUCCCCCCUCCUCCCCCCACUUUAAAAAAAAAAGACACUCCCCCCUCCUCCACAUUAUAACACCAGAAAUCUCCCCCCCUCCUCCCAUUUUUAACACAUAGAGACAUCUCCCCCCCCCCCCCUCCACAUUUUUAAAAACAGAGAAAACCCCCCCCCCUCCUCCACAUUAUAACCUGAGACAUUCCCCCCCCCCCCUCCCCACAUUAUCAACAGAGACUCUCCCCCCUCCCUCCACAUUAUAAACAUAGAGACUCUCCCCCCCCCUCCACUUAAACACCAGAGACUCUCCCCCCCCCCCCCAAAAAUUAUAACAAUAGAAAAUCUCCCCCCCCUCCCCUUAUAACACAAGACUCCCCCCCCCCCUCCUCCACUUAUAACCCAAAAAAAAUCUCCCCCCCCCCCCACAUUAUAACCACAGAGCCAUCUCCCCCCCAAAUUAUAACACACAAGGGGCAUCUCCCCCCCCCUCCUCCAAUUAUAACCACGAACAUUCCCCCCCCUCCCCACUUAUAACACACAGAGACAUUCCCCCCCUCCUCCAAUUUUUAACAACAGAAACCCCCCCCCUCCUCCCCACUUAUAACACACAGAACAUCUCCCCCUCCUCCUCCACAUUAUAACCACAGAGACCUCCUCCCCUCCCCACAUUAUAACACACAAAAACAUCUCCCCCCUCCUCCUCCACAUUAAACACCAGAUAAAAUUCCCUCCCCACAUUUAAAAACCCCAAAACUCUCCCCCCCUCCCCACAUUAACACAUAGAGCAUCCCCCCUCCUCCUCCACAUUAAACACACAGGAAUCUCCCCCCUCCCCCUCCCCUUUUAACCCGGAAAACUCCCCCCCCUCCUCCACAUUUUAAAAACCCAGAAAUCUCCCUCCUCCACUUAAAACACACAGAACAUCUCCCCCCUCCCUCCACUUAUAACACAUAGAGACAUUUUUCCCCCCUCCUCCCCACAUUAUAAAACCCAGAGACAUUCCCCCCCUCCCCCCCAUUUAAAAAAGAACCUCUCCCCUCCUCCUCCCCCAUUAUAACACACAGGACAUCUCCUCCCCACCACAUUAUAACACACAGGGGCUCUCCCCCUCCCCACAUUAAAACCCCAGAGACAUCUCCCCCCCCCCCUCCACAUUAUAACCAUAAGAUCUCCCCCCUCUCCUCCCAAAAUUUUAAAACCCGAGACUCUCCCCCCUCCUCCUCCACAUUUUAAAACACAAGCCCCCCCUCCUCCUCCACAUUAAACAAAGAACAUCUCCCCCCCCCCCUCCCUUUUAAAAACCAGAGACCUCCCCCCCCUCCACAUUUUAAAACACAAGACAUUUCCCCCCCCCCCCCCCUCCACAUUAAACAACAGAACAUCCCCCCCCCUCCCAUUCUAAACACCAAAAACAUCUCCCCCCUUCUCCACUUAUAAAAACCCCAGACAUCUCCCCCCCUCCUCCACAUUAUAACACACAGAAAUCUCCCCCCCCCUCCUCCACAUUAAACAAAAGAGACAUCUCCCCCCCUCCUCGCCACAUUAUAACACACAGAGACAUCUCCCCCCCUCCUCCUCCACAUUAUAACACCACAGAGACUCUCCCCCCCCCUCCUCCACAUUAUAACACACAGAGACAUCUCCCCCCCUCCUCCUCCACAUUAUAACACACAGAGACAUCUCCCCCUCCUCCACAUUAUAACACACAGAGACAUCUCCCCCCUCCUUCUCCACAUUAUAACACACAGAGACAUCUCCCCCCCCCCCCCUCCUCCACAUUAUAACACCCAGAGACAUCUCCCCCCUCCUCCCUCCACAUUAUAACACACAGAGACAUCUCCCCCUCCUCCACAUUAUAACACACAGAGACAUCUCCCCCCCCCUCCUCCACAUUAUAACACACAGAGACAUCCCCCCCCCCCCUCCUCCUCCACAUUAUAACACAUAGAGACAUCUCCCCCCCUCCUCCACAUUAUAACACACAGAGACAUCUCCCCCCACCCUCCCCUCCACAUUAUAACACACAAGACAUCUCCCCCCUCCUCCUCCACAUUUUUAACACACAAGGACUCUCCCCCCCCCCUCCCCAAUUAUAACAUACAAAACAUCUCCCCCCUCCCCCCCACAUUUAACACCAGAGAAAUUCCCCCCCCCCUUUUCCACAUUUAAAACCCAGAGAACUCCCCCCCUCCUCCCCAUUUUUUAAAACACAGAGACAUCCCCUCCCCCUUUCCCCACAUUUAAAACCAAAGACAUCUCCCCCCUCCCCCUCCAAUUUAACACCAGAGACACUCCCCCCCCCCUCCCCCCAAAUUUCCAAACAAACCCCUUUCCCCCCUCCUCCCCACCCUUUCCCAAAAAUUUCCCCCCUCCUCCCCACAUUAUAAACCACGAACUUCCCCCCCCCCCCCCCCAAUUUACCCCCAAACUUCCCUCCUCCCCACCACAAUAAAACAAGAACAUCUCCCCCCCCCUCCUCCACUUUAAAACCACAAAAUCUCCCCCUCCUCCCCCUUUAACCCCUUCCCCCCCCCUCCCUCCAAAUUAUAAACCGAGACUCCCCCCCCUCCUCCCCCCCCAAAUUUUAACACACAGAACUCUCCCCCCUCCUCCACAUAAACACAAGAGACCCUCUUCCCCCCCCCCUCCACCACAUUAAACACACAGAGACCCUCUCCCCCCCCUCCACCCCAAUAUAAAAAACAGAGAAAACUCCCCCUCCUCCCCCCAUUAUAACACCGGGCAUCUCCCCCCCCUCCCAAUUAUAAACAAGAACAUCCCCCCCCUCCUCCAAUUAUAACACAAGACAUCUCCCCCUCCACCCCUUAUAACACCAAAAACAUCUCCCCCCCCCCCCCCCACAUUUUUAACCCAGAGACAUUUCCCCCCCCCUCCCCACAUUAUAAAACACAGAACAUCUCCCCCCCCCCUCCACUUAUAACACACAGGACAUCUCCCCCCCCCCUCCUCCCAUUAUAACACCAGAGACAUCUCCCUCCUCCUCCACAUUAUAACCCAGAACAUCCCCCCCCCCCCCCCCCUUUUAACACACAGAGACAAUUCCCCCCCCCCCCACAUUAUAAAACCCCAGAGACAUCUCCCCCCUCCUCCUCCACUUAUAAACCCCCGAGACAUCCCCCCCUCCUCCACAUUUAAAACCACGAGACAUCUCCCCCUCCUCCCCCAUUAUAACACACAGAGACUCUCCCCCCCUCCCCACAUUAAACACACAGAACAUCUCCCCCCUCCUCCACAUUAAACCACGAACUCUCCCCCCCCCCCCCCCCCCCACAUUAUAAACACAAGACUCUCCCCCCCCCCCUCCAAAUUAUAAAAACCCGAGACUCCUCCCCCCUCCUCCUCCACAUUAUACCCAGGCAUCUCCCCCCCCCCUCCACAUUAUCACCAGGACACUCCCCCCCCUCCUCCACAUUUAAAAAACAAGAGACAUUCCCCCCCCCUCCCCACAUUAAACCACAGAGACUCUCCCCCCCCCCCUCCACAUUUUUAAACCCCAAAAAAUUCCCUCCCCUCCCCACAUUAUAAACCAGAGACAUCCCCCCCCCCCCUCCAAUUAUAAAAACAAAGAUCUCCCCCCUCCUCCACAUUUUUAAACACAAACCCCCCCUCCCCCCCCCCUCCACAUUAUAAAACACAGAAAAAAUUCCCCCCUCCCAUUAUAACCCCAAAAGCUAGGGGCGUGGGGAAGAUUUUUACCCUGUUUUUUUAAAAUUUACCCUUUCCCUUUCUUACUUUUUUUCCCAAAAUUUUUCUUCCUUAUCCCAAAAAUUUUUCCUUCCUCCCUUUAAACCCUUUCCACAUAUUUCUUUUUCCUUAUCCCCAUAUUCCCCACUCCUUUUCCCCAAAUUUACCCAGUCCCUUUAAAAUUAUAAAACCCAUCCUUCUUUAUAUUUUUUUAAAUCCCCCCUUUUUUUUUUUACUUCUUAUCCUUUUUUUUUUUUAGUCCUCUUAAUAUUUCCUAGUCCUCUUUAUAUUUCCUUUGUCCCUUUUUUACUUCCUUGUCCUUUUUAAACCCCUUUCCCAGCCUUUUUAAAUUCUUUUCCAAAACCCAAGCCUUUGCCCAAACCCUUUUUCCCAAACCCAGCCCCCCCAGGCCCUUUUUAAAACCCUUUGGCCCCUUUAUAUUUCUUCCCUUUGUCUCUUUUAUUACUUUCCUUAGCCCCCUUUUUAAUUAAUUUUUCCUUACCUCCCUUUUUUAUUUCCUUAGUCCUCUUUAACUUACUAUAGGAGAUAUUCCUUAAGUCCUCUUUCAUAUUGUUCCUUCGAUGUCCCUCCUUAUAUUACUACUUCACUCACUUCUAAGCCUUCUUUGUUAUGAAGAUGUAGGUCUGUUAACCCACAUAGUGAUAGUAACCUAUCACAGGGCAGGAGUCUUUCUCUCUCUCUCUCUCAAUUCAAAUGGCUUUAUUGGCAUGGGAAACAUAUGUUUAAAUCGCCAAAGCAAGUGAAAUAGAUAAUAAACAAAAGUGAAAUAAUCAAUCAAAAAUGAACAUUACACUCACAAGGAAUAGACACAUUUCUAUAUACAGUGUUGUAACAAUGUGCAAAUAGUUAAAAGUUCAAAAGGGAAAUAAAUAAACAUAAAUAUGGGUUGUAUUUACAAUGGUGUUUGUUCUUCACUGGUUGCCCUUUCUUGUGGCAACAGGUCACAAAUCUUGCUGCUGUGAUGGCACACUGGUAUUUCACCCAACAGAUAUGGGAGUUUAUAAAAAUUGGAUUUGUUUUGGAAUUCUUUCUGGUUCUGUGUAAUCUGAGGGAAAUAUGUGUCUCUAAUAUGGUCAUACAUUUGGCAGGAAGUUAGGAAGUGCAGCUCAGUUUCCACCUCAUUUUGUGGGCAGUGUUCACAUAGCCUGUCUUCUCUUGAGAGCUCUCUCUCCUCUCUCUCUCUCUCUCUCUCUCUCCUCCUCCUCUCCUCUCUCUCUCUCUCUCUCUCCUCUCCUCUCUCUCUCUUAUCUCUCUCUCUCUCUCUCUCAAUUCAAUUUGCUUUAUUGGCAUUACGUAACAAUGUACAUAUUGCCAAAGCUUACUUUGGAGAUGUACAAUAUUAACAUAAUUAAUAAUAAUAAUCAAUAUUGUCAAUGGGACAACAGUAACAACAAUAACCAAGGGUCAAAAUAACCAUACAAUUGAACAUCUCUCUCUCUCUCUCUCUGCAGCUGUCUGUGAAAAUGAUCCUCCUCCUCCUAUACCUCUCUCUUUCUCCAGCAGUAGUCUAGUCACGUUCCCACUCUGUCCUCUAGAGUCCUCACCCCCUCUCUCUUCUCAUCUUCACCCCUCCUUUCCUUUUCUCUUCCUUCUGUCUCUCUCUGAAGACUCCUUGGCUGCUGCAUGUUUGAUGAGGUUCAUGAAAGAUGCAGAGUUUCCAUUGGCUUGUAGGGUGACCCAAUACCUGUCAAUACAACAUAUACUAACCAGGCUAAUGUAAAGACACACACACAGACACACACAGACACACAAAGCCCCGUCCUGUCCGAGCCAUAUCAGUAGAUCUGACUGUCAGGGGGACUCUGGGGGGAAAAGGUUGUGUUUCAUGUGUGACAUGUCUGUUCUCCCUAAAUGAACAAGAGCAGAGGAACACACACACACACACACACACACACACACUCACACACUAACACACUUACACACACACACGCUAACACACACACACACACACACACGGCUAUUCUCACUAAACAAGAGCGUGGGAGAGACGCAGGAGCAGCCUACCUGACCACCUUAACCCAAUCCUCCGUCCGACUGACAUUAACAUUUCAACACAGUAUUUAUCUGACACCUAAACCUUUCUCCGACCUACCUGGAAAGAUCCACAGCUUACCUGAUAGUUUUACCCUUCAUACCAAACACCUAGAUUAUUGACUUAGGGUGGAGGUUUGACGUAAGGGCCUUGGGCCUUAAAAUCCAAUGCAAAAUGUAUCUGAAAGUAUCUGAACCAAAAUGGAUGCAUCUAUGGGAAGAUGAACAGGACUUUCUCAUGCCAUAUUUAGUGAUGGGAGAGGAAGGAAUAAAAGGAAGAUAGGAACACUAUGAUAAACAACCCCAAGCCUCACAGCUGCAAAGAUAGGGUGUGUGGGUGUGUGGGGGUGGGUGUAGGAGGGGUGCUCUCUCUGGUCAAGGGCAUUAGGUCUAUUGUAUCUUUUCCAAAACAAACAUUGAGGAGACAGAGAGGAGUCACAGACCAGACGAACAACAGGUUAAAACAUUGAGGAGACAGAGAGGAGUCACAGACCAGACGACCAACAGGUUAAAACAUUGAGGAGACAGAGAGGAGUCACAGACCAGACGACCAAACAGGUUAAAUUGAGGAGACAGAGAGGAUCAAACCGAUGACCAACAGGGUAAACAUUUAGAGACAGAGAGGAGUCACAGACCAGACGACCAACAGGUUUAAAACAUUGAGGAGACAGAGAGGAGUCACAGACCAGACGACCAACAGGUUAAAACAUUGAGGAGACCAGAGAGGAGUCACAGACCAGACGACCAACAGGUUAAAACAUUGAGGAGACAGAGAGGAGUCACAGACUGGACGACCAACAGGUUAAAAAAACAUUGAGGAGACAAGAGGAAGUCACAGACCAGACGACACCAGGUUAAAACAUUGAGGAGACAGAGAGGAGUCACAGACCAGACGACCAACAGGUUAAAACAUUGAGGAGACAGAGAGGAGUCACAGACCAGACGACCAACAGGUUAAAACAUUGAGGAGACAGAGAGGAGUCACAGACCAGACGACCAACAGGUUAAAACAUUGAGGAGACAGAGAGGAGUCACAGACCAGACGACCAACAGGUUAAAACAUUGAGGAGGACAAGAGGAGUCACAGACCAGACGACCAACAGGUUAAAACAUUGAGGAGACAGAGAGGAGUCACAGACCAGACGACCAACAGGUUAAACAUUGAGGAGACAGAGAGGAGUCACAGACCAGACGACCAACAGGUUAAAACAUUGAGGAGACAGAGAGGAGUCACAGACCAGACGACCAACAGGUUAAAACAUUGAGGAGACAGAGAGGAGUCACAGACCAGACGACCAACAGGUUAAAACAUUAAGGAGACAGAGAGGAGUCACAGACAGACGACCAACAGGUUAAAAAAAAGAGCGAAGUUAAAAUAAGAAGGUUCUAGUUGUGGUGGGAACAGGGAAGCACUGUGUACUGUAUCUCUCUCUCGCUCUCCCUCGCUUUCUCUCUCUCGCUCUCUCUCUGUCUCUCACUUUCUCUCUCUCCCUCUCUCUGGCUUUCUCUCUCUCUCUCUCUCUGGCUUUCUCUCUGUCUCUUGCAUUCUCUCUUUCCCCCUCUCACUCCCCCCCCCUUCCCCCGCCUCUCUCUCUCUCACGUAUGCUGCAUGUUUAAUUAGUGUGAUUGUGUCCUCUAUCCUGUCUGGUCAUAGGUUUCUGCUACAAGGUUGCAUUGUGUAUGACACUCCUUUAUAAAGGUCAAUGGAGUCUGAAUAGGGAUUUGAUACGCUCAAGUUCUCAUAUAAAACUGUGCAUAGUGCGCAUGCACAACACAUGCACAACACAUGCACACGCACGACAAUCAUUGCCAGGGUUGAAGAGUGGGUUAGUGGUUUUUUGAGACCUAGUUGACCAUCCAGUCCAUACAGAGUGAAUGUGAAGUGAAUGCACCACUACCCAGGUCUCAGAUCAUACAUAAUGAACACAGGAGAUUAGACCCAGCAAAUACACACACCGUCUCAGAGCUGUGCUAUUGUUGAGCUCAUUCACCUUGCAUGGUCUCCCACAUGAUGGGCACACACUGUAUUGCCAGGCUAGUAUCAACCUCUGUGAUCUCUAAGGAUGGCUGACCCUGACAGUGUUGUGGUUUAUAGUUUGGUCAUCUUACAGUGUUGUGGUUCAUGGUUCAGUCAACUGACAGUGUUGUGGUUCAUGGUUCAGUCAACUGACAGUGUUGUGGUUCAUGGUUGGGUCAAUUGACAGUGUUGUGGUUCAUUGUUGGGUCAAUUGACAGUGUUAUGGUUCAUGGUUGGGUCAACUGACAGUGUUGGGGUGCAUGGUUGGUCAACUGACAGCAGCAUGGAUGUUGGUCCGGUCAACUGACAGCAACAUGGAUGUUGGUUCGGUCAACUGACAGCAACAUGGUUGUUGGUUCGGUCAACUGACAGCAACAUGGUUGUUGGUUCGGUCAACUGACAGCAACAUGGUUGUUGAUUCGGUCAACUCACAGCAACAUGGUUGUAGGAAUGGUUGGCUCAAUGGUUGUGACAUGACUGAUAGGAUGACAGGAGGUUGUUGUUGGAUGGACUGCAGUUAAACCACCACUUUACAUUUACGUCAUUUAGCAGACGCUCUUAUCCAGAGCGACUUACAAAUUGGACUUAAACUGGUUUCAGAAGCUCCUGGGUUGAAUCAAUGCUUAACUUGUAGAGAGAUAGCUGAAUGUUCAUCUUUAUAAUUCACCAGGAGUAGUUCACUCAGUAACAAUUGCCACUGUUUUCCAGGGAGUCCUGGGAUUAUAUAUCUUUAUCCUAAUGUGUAAAUGUAUUGUUUAAUAUAUUGUUGAAUAUAUAGUCUGAAUAUAUUAUUGAAUACAUUGACUGGGAAAUGUACUAAUCAAUGUUUUGUUAUUUGUCUGUUUCAGAUUGGUGCUUAUGACCAACAGAUUUGGGAGAAGUCUGUUGAACAAAGAGAAAUCAAGGUAACCUUUUUGAUUUAGGUCCAAUCAUAACACUUUUUGUCAAUCAUCUUUUGCAAACUUCAUCAAAUAUUUAGACCCCUUUUAUCUUUCUCUACCCUUUUCUGGAACAUUGUAUGAGUGUCUUCUGUCGGUCUGUCUGGCUCACUGUCGCUCUCUUUCUCUGUCUGGCUCACUGUCGCUCUCUUUCUCUGUCUGGCUCUCUGUCGCUCUCUUUCUCUGUCGCUCUCUUUCUCUGUCUGGCUCUCUUUCUCUGUCUCUCUGUCUCUCUCUCUCUCUCUCUCUCUCUCUCUCUCUCUCUCUCUCUCUCUCUCUCUGUCUCUGUCUCUGUCUCUGUCUCUGUCUCUGUCUAUGUCUCUUUCUCUCUCUGUCUGUCAGUUUCUGACUGUGCCAUCAGUGCCGUCAUAUUUUCAGUUGACUUCUUCCCCUCUUGCUGGUGCCGUUUGUCUUUCUCUGUCUGUCCAUCACUCCUAAAUGUGCAGUUUAUUAGACUGGUGAGUACUGCAGCACAGGAAGUCAGAUUGAAAUCAGACACUAGAUUGUGAUUGGCUGAGUUGGUUUGUUUCUAUGUUUAUUCCUGGCCUGCUUCUUAACCACUGACUGACUGGCUGACUAGCUGGCUGACUGACUGGCUGACUGACUGGCUGACUAGCUGGCUGACUGACUGGCUGACUGACUGGCUGACUAGCUGGCUGACUGACUGGCUGACUAGCUGGCUGACUGACUGGCUGACUGACUGGCUGACUAGCUGGCUGACUGACUGGCUGACUAGCUGGCUGACUGACUGGCUGACUAGCUGGCUGACUGACUGGCUGACUAGCUGGCUGACUGACUGGCUGAUUGGCACACAACUUUGUUUGAAAGAGACGUUUACAUAAUAUGGUAAUGCCAAUCAACUUCAUGUGUUUUCAGUGUUUCCCUUGGAAUUUUUUCAACAGUUGUGGCAAAAUUAGCAUGGGAGUGGGUCAGUGGGUGUGGCCAAUGGCGCGGCUUCUGACUGAAAAUUGUAGAGGUCUUCCUCUUGGCCGCAGAGACAAAAUGUUGCGGUUUUAAAGCUAAUUUCCUGCCAUUGUACACAUUUUGCCAUGGACGGAGAGAAAAUGUUACAUUUUAAAGCUAGUUUUCUGCAAUUCUACACAUUUUGGCAUGGGGCUGAGGGAACAAAUUCUUUUUUAAAGCUAAUUUCCUGCAAUUGUACACAUUUUGCCAUGGCUUUAUGCCAUGUUCUCAUGCUAUCUGAGUGACUCAAACACAAAAGCUAUGCCAUGCCAUGCCAUUUUAAAUUUUUUAGAUUCUCCAUGACUGUCUAGUUUUUAUUAUGGUGAUUGUUAAUAUGAUCUUAUUUUAAAAUAUAUAACUCCGUUAUAUUUUCUACAUACUUUAAACAAAUGUUGGCGGCAACGAUUUAGAAGCGGCAGCCCGCCACUGCUAAAUUAGUGAUAGGGGAAACACUGGUUUUAUUUCACUACAGAUGAAAGUAAAAUCAUAAAAACGUCAUAGUAACAUGAACAUAUAAUAACAUGAUGUAAUUAUUUACUGUCUGUAAUGGUCUGUGACCUGCACAGAGAGCAGAGAAUCCCACCAAGUGGACCCACCGUAAUCAGAGGACUGAAACAGCUGUUUCACCUGCCUGCUUCAGUUCAUGACCUUUCGCCUCUAGACCCCUCUUUCAUCCCUCACUCCUUCUAGAAAGAGAACAAAGCAUCGCCCUUCAUCACCCGUCCCCUCAUAUCGGCUUGAGCUCACAGACAGAAUGUAAACAGACACUCUCCAUUUAAUGAUCUCAAAGUCUCAAACACACAGUGGCUUCCCAUCCGUCAGACUAGAUUUUAUAACAGUUUCAUGUAAACGGUCCCUCUGGGUUUCGACCUGUAGUUUACCAACCACUGGCCCAUCUUUAGCAUCCAACAGGGCAGACGUGGGCCAGUUACUGUGUCUGCAGCUUUGUGUGCAUGAACAACUGACAAGGGCUCACACAUGCCAUAAGAAAGUAGCUUUGACAACAUUGCCAAGCAUAUAGUCUAAAUAUGUAUUUUUGUACUGAGAUAAAACACGACAGGAAAGGCUUAUUCAUGCCCCCUGGUGGUAGUGAUGAUGAAUUACAGUAGGUUUCUCUUAUCUUAUCUCACAAGCAAAACAUUCCUUUAAAGACGAAUAGAAAAGAGAUUUAUAUAGAUAGAGCAAUAUAGAUAACUAGUCAGAGUAAUGUAUUUGAAAAGCAGUUAAGGUAGGUUUAACUCCUAGGUAGAGACAGAACCCACUCCUUUUAGUUGAGGUAGGUUUAACUCCUAGGUAGAGACAGAACCCACUCCUUUUAGUUGAGGUAGGUUUAACUCCUAGGUAGAGACAGAACCCACUCCUUUUAGUUGAGGUAGGUUUAACUCCUAGGUAGAGACAGACACCACUCCUUUUAGUUGAGGUAGGUUUAACUCCUAGGUAGAGACAGAACCCACUCCUUUUAGUUGAGGUAGGUUUAACUCCUAGGUAGAGACAGAACCCACUCCUUUUAGUUGAGGUAGGUUUAACUCCUAGGUAGAGACACACCACUCUUUUCUUUCCCUGUUCCAGUCCUGUCGGUCUAUAAAACAGUUUAUAGCAGUAAUAAAGAGGAAGAGGAAGCUAUCGAUCGUCUUGUCUAAUCAUCAUUUACACACACACACACACACACACACACACACACACACACACACACACACACACACACACACACACCUAGAGAGUGUCAACUCAUUGCCUGGUGCUUUAAGAUAAGGUCUUUGAUUAAGUUCCUGUAUUGCUGUAUACAGAGAGAGAAGGUCACCAUUUGACCUUUGGGUAAAUAUUAGCAUGUGAGAGUCUGUUAGGAUAGACAGUAUUAUACUACAGGGAUGUGUUCAGUAGGGCACACUGUAGCAAAACAUUUAGCAACAGAACAUGAAAAUACUUCUAGGUCAUGUUCAUUAGGACAUGCAACAGAAAACAUUUUACAACAGAAAAUGAAUAUACAGGGUUUCUUAUUGGUAAAGUCCAGGUAGUCCCUCCCUGUUUCAGUGUUUUUUCUUCUGUUUGGUACCUAAUGAACAGAGCCCAGUCUCCCAUAACCUAGGGAGGAGAUUUACUCUAGUACAUGCACGGUUCAUCCGUUAAUUAUAUACAGUAAGUCUAUGGGGCCAUCAGGGUCUGAAUAUAUCCAUGCACUGUAAAUAAGGCCUCUGUCUGUCAGUCAGCCACUUGUAAUUGAACAGAGCAACACAAUAGCUUCAUGGUGUUGACUCCAUUGGUGCAGACCGAUAGUGAACUGGUCACAUGUAGGACACAGUGUGUGUGUGUUAAUGUAUUAGUGGAAUGCGUUUUGAUCCAGCAAGGCCUCAACGUCAUGUAGUUUGUCCUGUGUUCGGUGUGUUUGGCACGGCGUGCUGCACCCACUGUGUGAGGAUCUAUCAUGUAGUGCCCUAUAUGGCUAGUAGGGUUUCAUAUGUCUGUGAGUGCACCAAAGGUUACAUUCUAACUUAAGAUGUGCGUGCAUAACUCAAAAUUCUGCACAAACAUCCUGUGGAUUGUUUACAGAGUUACCCACGCAUAUCUGAACUUACAAUCUGGCCCUUAGAGAAUGUAUGUCUGUCUGUGUCUGUGUGUCUGUCUGUCUGUCUCUGUCUGUGUGUCUGUCUCUGUGUCUCUGUGUCUGUGUGUCUGUCUGUCUGUCUGUCUCUGUGUCUCUGUCUGUCUGUCUGUCUGUCUCUGUGUCUCUGUGUGUCUGUCUGUCUCUGUGUCUCUGUCUGUCUGUCUGUCUGUCUGUCUGUCUGUCUGUCUGUCUGUCUGUCUGUCUGUCUGUCUGUCUCUCUCUCUCUCUGACCCUGUACUGCUCCUCUCCAGGGCCUGAGGAACAAGCCGAAGAAGACAGGUCAUGUGAAACCAGACCUCAUUGAUGUGGACCUAGUGAGAGGUAAGGGUGGAGGACACAACACCAGCACUCUAACGGUUUCAUUCAAAACUCAGACACCCACGUUGGCAACCAUGUUGGCUUUCUGUCCCAGUCAAACCUGUUGGCGGAGCAUGAUAGUACUACGUUAGUGUCAAUGUAGAUGUGUCUCCACUGCUCACAUGAUGCAACCCAGGUGUAGAAGUCCAAAAUGGCCACUCUAUUGUUACUUUACUCUCUCUCCUUCACUUUCACUCACUCUCUCUGUUGAAUUAUUCAGUCCAUCACAUCAGACUCCUCUCUGUUUAGUUUCCACUCAUUGCUUUUUAAUGCCCACAUCCCAGGCUGAGAGAGAGAGGGAGAGGAGAGAGAGUGAGAGGGAGAGGAGAGAGGGAGAGGAGAGAGAAUUAGAGGAGAGAGGGAGAGGAGAGGGAGAGAGCGAGAGGAGAGGGAGAGGAGAGAGAGAGAGGCCGAGACUAUAGAGAGGGCGAGAGGGAGAGAGGUGAGUAGGAGAGACGGGUGGAUAUUGCUUCGUCUCGAGGGUUUUAGCUGACUGUCUACAGGGAAAGUCCAUCCCAUCAUCUCUCUCCGCUCUCCUCUCUCUGCUCUCUCGCUCUCUCUUUCUCUCUCUCUAUCUCCUCUCAGCCUUCUCUGUCUUCGGUUACUUUCUAUUUCUGGGGGGUGUGUUUCUAUGUGAUAUAGAUAGUUAGAGAUAUAGCUGGGUGUGUGUUUAUUUCCCCUUGCCUGGCUAGAUUGCUUAGCAGGGUUCGUGUUUCAUUCACUAACAAAUGUCCCCGGGGCCCCUUCCCAUGGGGCAACUGUGCAAUGCCCCAGUACUUAUUAAACCAAGGGACCCACACGGGGGAAGGCACCCGUUCCUGAUGGGGUCAUUAUGUAAUGCUGAGGGAUUUACCAUGGGGAAGCCAGUCUCUACUGAGGAAUUGUGUUUGUAACAGUAGACUUACUAAUGUUGUUGUUGGUCCCGUUUAUUUUCUUGUUUCCCAGGGAUAGCCCCUCUUCUGGAGCCACGAAAUCUGACCAGGAAGGGUCUCGUCAGGGUGGUGUUGUUCCCCUUCUUUUUCAGAUGGUGGAUUCAGGUCACCUCCAGAGUUAUCUUCCUCCUCCUCCUCCUCCUCUACCUGCUACAAGGUACCUACUUAACCCUAACCUCCAGAGUCAUCCUCCUCCUCCUCCUCUUCCUCUACCUACUACAAGGUACUUACCUAACCCUAACCUCCAGAGUCAUCCUCCUCCUCCUCCUCUACCUGCUACAAGGUACCUACUUAACCCUAACCUCCAGAGUCAGACCUAUAUUAUGAAGACCUAUAUUAUGAAGACUUAUAUUAUGAAGACCUAUAUUAUGAAGACUUAUAUUAUGAAGACAUUUAUUAUGAAGACCUAUAUUAUGAAGACCUAUAUUAUGAAGACCUAUAUUAUGAAGACCUAUAUUAUGAAGACAUUUAUUAUGAAGACCUAUAUUAUGAAGACAUACAGUGAGGGAAGAAAGUAUUUGAUCCCCUGCUGAUUUUGUAUGUUUGCCUACUGACAAAGACAUGAUCAGUCUAUAAUUUUAAUGGUAGGUUUAUUUGAACAGUGAGAGACAGAAUAACAACAAAAAAAUCCAGAAAAACGCAUGUCAAAAAUGUUAUAAAUUGAUUUGCAUUUUAAUUAGGGAAAUAAGUAUUUGACCCCUCUGCAAAACAUGACUUAGUACUUGGUGGCAAAACCCUUGUUGACAAUCACAGAGGUCAGACGUUUCCUGUAGUUGGCCACCAGGUUUGCACACAUCUAAGGAGGGAUUUUGUUCCACUCCUCUUUGCAGAUCUUCUCCAAGUCAUUAAGGUUUCAAGGCUGACGUUUGGCAACUCAAACCUUUAGCUCCCUCCACAGAAUUUCAAUGGGAUUAAGGUCUGGAGACUGGCUAGGCCACUCCAGGACCUUAAUGUGCUUCUUCUUGAGCCACUCCUUUGUUGCCUUGGCCGUGUGUUUUGGGUCAUUGUCAUGCUGGAAUACCCAUCCACGACCCAUUUUCAAUGCUCUGGCUGAGGGAAGGAGGUUCUCACCCAAGAUUUGACGGUACAUGGCCCCGUCCAUCGUCCCUUUGAUGCGGUGAAGUUGUCCUGUCCCCUUAACAGACAAACAACCCCAAACCAUAAUGUUUCCACCUCCAUGUUUGACGGUGGGAUUGGUGUUCUUGGGGUCAUAGGCAGCAUUCCUCCUCCUCCAAACACGUCGAGUUGAGUUGAUGCCAAAGAGCUCGAUUUUGGUCUCAUCUGACCACAACACUUUCACCAAGUUCUCCUCUGAAUCAUUCAGAUGUUCAUUGGCAAACUUCAGACGGCCCUGUAUAUGUGCUUUCUUGAGCAGGGGGACCUUGCGGGCGCUGCAUGAUUUCAGUCCUUCACAGCGUAGUGUGUUUUCUUGGUGACUAUGGUCCCAGCUGCCUUGAGCUCAUUGACAAGAUCCUCCCGUGUAGUUCUGGGCUGAUUCCUCACCGUUCACAUGAUCAUUGCAACUCCACGAGGUGAGAUCUUGCAUGGAGCCCCAGGCCGAGGGAGAUUGACAGUUAUUUUGUGUUUCUUCCAUUUGCGAAUAAUCGCACCAACUGUUGUCACCUUCUCACCAAGCUGCUUGGCGAUGGUCUUGUAGCCCAUUCCAGCCUUAUGUAGGUCUACAAUCUUGACUGUUGACUGUGCCUUUAAACAGCUUGGAAAAUUCCAGGAAAUGAUGUCAUGGCUUUAGAAGCUUCUGAUAGACUAAUUGACAUAAUUUGAGUCAAUUGGAGGUCUACCUGUGGAUGUAUUUCAAGGCCUAUCUUCAAACUCAGUGCCUCUUUGUUUGACAUCAUGGGAAAAUCAAAAGACAUCAGCCAAGACCUCAGAAAAGAAAUUGUAGACCUCCACAAGUCUGGUUCAUCCUUGGGAGCAAUUUCCAAAUGCCUGAAGGUACCACGUUCAUCUGUACAAACAACAGUACGGAACUAUAAACACCAUGGGACCACGCAGCCGUCAUACCGCUCAGGAAGAAGACGCGUUCUGUCUCCUAGAGAUGAACGUACUUUGGUGCGAAAAGUGCAAAUCAAUCCCAGAACAACAGCAAAGGACCUUGAAGAUGCUGGAGGAAACAGUUACAAAAGUAUCUAUAUCCACAGUAAAAUGAGUCCUAUAUCGACAUAACCUGAAAGGCCGCUCAGCAAGGAAGAAGCCACUGCUCCAAAACCGCCAUAAAAAAGCCAGACUACGGUUUGCAACUGCACAUGGGGACAAAGAUCGUACUUUUUGGAGAAAUGUUCUCUGGUCUGAUGAAACAAAAAUAGAACUGUUUGGCCAUAAUGACCAUCGUUAUGUUUGGAGGAAAAAGGGGGUCGCUUGCAAGCCAAAGAACCCCAUCCCAUCCGUGAAGCAUGGGGGUGACAGCAUCAUGCUGUGGGGGUGCUUUGCUGCAGGAGGGACUGGUGCACUUCACAAAAUAGAUGGCAUCAUGAGGAAGGAAAAUGAUGUGAAUAUAUUAAAGCAACAUCUCAAGACAUCAGUCAGGAAGUUAAAGCUUGGUCGCAAAUGAGUCUUCCAAAUGGACAAUGUUGUGGCAAAAUGGCUUAAGGACAACAAAGUCAAGGUAUUGGAGUGGCCAUCACAAAGCCCUGACCUCAAUCCUAUAGAACAUUUGUGGGCAGAACUGAAAAAGCGUGUGCGAGCAAGGAGGCCUACAAACCUGACUCAGUUACACCAGCUCUGUCAGGAGGAAUGGGCCAAAAUUCACCCAACUUAUUGUGGGAAGCUUGUGGAAGGCUACCCGAAACAUUUGACCCAAGUUAAAUAAUUUAUUUGGCAAUGCUACCAAAUACUAAUUGAGUGUAUGUAAACUUCUGACCCACUGGGAAUGUGAUGAAAGAAAUAAAAGCUGAAAUAAAUCAUUCUCUCUACUAUUAUUCUGACAUUUCACAUUCUUAAAAUAAAGUGGUGAUCCUAACUGACCUAAGACAGGGAAUAUUUCCUAGGAUGAAAUGUCAGGAAUUGUGAAAAACUGAGUUUAAAUGUAUUUGGCUAAGGUGUAUGUAAACUUCUGACUUCAACUGUAUUAUGAAGACAUUCAUUAUGAAGACAUUUAUUAUGAAGACCUAUAUUCUGAAGACCUAUAUUCUGAAGACCUAUAUUCUGAAGACCUAUAUUCUGAAGACCUAUAUUCUGAAGACAGUUAUUAUGAAGACAGUUAUUAUGAAGACAUUUUGGUAUUCGGCAAGGUUUUUUAUCGGUUUGGGCACACCAAAAACAUUCUCGAGGCAAGCCGAAGUCGGUAUUUCUUGAGUUAUCUUAGAUUAAUUCUGACUAUUUUGAGGAAGUGUAUAUUGGCUACGGCGUCUCAAGAUGGACAAACAGUACUAUUGCUUGUUUUUCAAGCGAAGGUCUUUUAAGGGAACAUUCGUUCGGUUGGCCUAGCCGAGUUCAGCUAGGAGCCAGCCCAACCAAAGUAUGCGGAAGGCUUAAGUCUCACCCACAUUCCUUCUCCACAGUUAGUUUUGAUACUGUUUCCUUCAGUGUGUUGUUGCCCUAUGCUUGUGUAGACAUGCAUACUGUACCUUUCUCUGGCUCUGGCUGGUCAUGGGGAAAUUCCAGCCUUGAACCUGUGACUGUGUGUUAGAUAGUAAGUACACACACACAAACUGCUCUAGUUCUUCAUCCAAUAAACAGAAACAGAACAGGGCCUGUCUUUAGUCGCCUGCCUUCUGAAUGAAUUUGAAUUACAGGAGAGCUAUUUCUGGGCCUCUCCAAACGCAUGACCCCUCGUGUGUGUUUGUGUGUGCUUGUGUGGCCCCUACUCCUUUCAAAGCACUGCCUUUUCCACACACACACACACGGUUGAGUGUUCUCAUAUACCCAAGAACACUGAUAGCAGAGGUAUUGACAGGAUACCCCUCCUUUUCCACACACUUACAUAUUGACCUUGAGUACAUCAAAACAAAUGACCCCUCUCUCAAUACCUCCCUGUAUCAGUAUGUGUGGUACUAUAAGUUUGUUAGUGAGCAGCCAAGGUGACCAGUUGUGUUACCACACCCUCACCCCUCCCUCUCAUCCCUCCAGCCCUCCUUUACACCCCACCCUCUUUCCAUCUCCUUCUCACCCCGGCUAAAUGUUCAAUAUAAACUAUUGACAGGAAGUCUAGCGGAAGUGGAGAAUAUCCCAAAUACAUGCAGCGCAUAACACUUUCCAUAUCUCUCUCUCUCUCUCUCUCUCCUCUCUCUCGCUCUCUCUCUCUCUGUCUCUCUCUCUCUCUCUCGCUCUCUCUCUCUCUGUCUCUCUCUCUCUCGCUCUCUUCUCCAUAUCUCUCUCGCUCUCUCUCUCUCUCUCUCUCUCUCGCUCUCUUCUCCAUAUCUCUCUCUCUCUCCAGUGGCUGCUGCAGUGUUAUUCUUCACCAUCCCCCACCCCCACAGUAUCCCGACCACAGAGGUGUUUGGGGCGAUAUGGCUGAUGCUGUUACUGGGGACAGUGCACUGCCAGAUCGUCUCCACACGCACCCCCAAACCCACCAGCAGCAGCAGCUCUGGCAAGAGAAGAAGGUGGGGAGAAGGGGAUGGAGAGGGAGGAAGGGAGGGAGGGAGGGAGGGAGGGAGGAAGGGGGAGAGGGAGGGCGGGAGGGAGGGAGGGAGAGGGGGAGAAGGGGAGAGGGAAGAAAUGGAUGAAUGAAUGAAUGAAUGAGAGGGAGGGAGAGAGAGAGUGGGGUAAAGGGGGUUAUUACAUAGAUAAUGUAUCCAUACCUCUGUGUUGUUUUAGUGUUUCCUGUUUGAUGUGCUUUCUGCUCUGAGAUAGACCUGUAUGACCUAGCUACUGUUUUAAAAGGCCUCUCAGUGUGACACACUACAGGUCAGUUCCCCAGUCACUGGUCAGAUCGGGGGGGGUUCCAUUGGACUGUGUGUGUUGAAUCAUGGUUCCCCCCCUCUCUUCUGGUCAUGUGACCAGGGAACUGCCCCCACACACGCUUCCUGUCCCAUUGUAGAUUUUUUAAAGGCUGUGAUUUCCUGCCAGAGCGUAGUGGCUCGUAAAUGUGUGCCAGGACGCAUAACGCCAUUAGCCUUUUCCCAGAUCUGUUGGUGCUCUUGGCAAGAUGCCACAAACAGAUCUGGGACCAGGCUGUAAUGUCACUAUAGCUAGCUAGCUAUGCCCAAAACCCACUACCUUUGGCUUGCACAGUACUGACAAAUUUCAGACUUCUAGAAGAAAAUUGAUCCACGUCAUGGCGUGGCUAACAAAAACAAAGAAAACGGGUGUUUGGAAAUCUACAUAGUUGAGAGAUUGUAAAGACAGUAUAGACAUUGUGAGACACAAAUAGCAGCUUUAAUGGACAGCAUACUAGAUUUUCCAGAAUCUCCCCAUGUGGAAGCUAUCAUCGGUUAAGGAAGAGACCUACUGUCUACUGUUACUGUACACCCUCAUCUCAUAGCGCAGCGUUGUUCACUCACUCAGACUCCAGAUGCGGUCAGGAAUCAACCACCAAACUACUUUCUCCUUCCUUUCUUCCCUUAACCUCAAAUCUGCGUUGUUUUCUCUCUCUGAACCAAACGCUACCACUCCAUUACCCUGACUGACCUUAAGUAACUUGUCCUCAUGCCCACUAGAUGGUUGACUCGUCAGUGUUUGAGUGGAUCUGUUAUCUGUUAUUAUAUGAUAUUCAGUGCAUUCGGAAAGCAUUCAGACCCCUCCAUAUUUUGUUACAUUGCAGCCUUAUUCUAAAAUUGAUUUUUUUUUUUAAAUGUCCCGCUCAUCAAUCUACAACCCAUAAUGACAAAGCAAAAACUGGUUUUUAGAUUUUUUUUUGCAAAUGUAUAAAAAAUAAAAACAGAUAUCUGUUAUUAUGUAAAAAGUGGAGACUGGAGACUCUCACGUCGGGAAAUGGAGAAACAGUCUGAUCAAAACCGGUUGUUAGCUAAGCUGCCAGUCAGACAGUUAAUUACCAUCCUCCUCUUGUAGGAGUAGAUGAACCAUUCAAUCAAAUCUCUCUAUUUUCAGCUUGUUGUUGAUGGCUCUCCAAGUCUAAUCCCAGUAAAUCCAAUCAUAUUUCCAGUUAUUGUAUAUUAUGAGAACACAGUCUAAUCUACCGCGUUAGUAUAAAUAUGAAUCGCUCUGACAGCUGGAUAUGAAUCAAAUGUUUUGCUUCGAUCAAAACCGCUCAUUCCUGACCAGAUCUGAUGUAACACACAUUGCUGCCAUUGAAUCAACCGUUUUCAUUCAUUUUGUAUCUUCCCUCUUGUGGUAAAAAGAAUGAAAGGGGUAUUAUUUUAAUGACUUCAUAUGAUUUAUUUCUUCAAUCACAACAACAGUGAUUCCUGUCUGGACCUCUCUCUCUAAGUACUCUGCACUUUCUUAUUGAUCUUUCUUGACCAAAGGCGUUUAAGGAAGGCAGCUCAUUUGGAUGUACAUAGGGAAGGAGAUGGUUCUAGCACUACUGAUAACACCCGGGAAGGGGGACCACACUCCCACGGUGCCGCCACCGGCUCACCUUACAGCCUGGGCAUCGCUCUCUUCAGAGAUUUCUGGCAUGAUAUCUGUAAAGCGGGGUGUGUAUUUUACCCUCUCGUGAGGUUACUAAAGAACCCUAUCUCUCUCUGAUAUAGCUGCAAUAUCCCUUGGAUUCCACCCGGAUUAUGAUAAUGAUCCAUUCAUAAAUAUCCCUCUCUAUUGGAUGAGAAAACUGAGUCAUAUACAUUGUAAAUAUAUGUUUAUGAAAAUCAUUCUUCCCACUAAAUGAUAAACAUUAUCUGUUAUUAAACGUGGUGUUAUUUUAACUGGACACACACAGAGGGGAUACAUAUUCAAAUCCGUUUCAACGUGAAUUUGAUUAUUAACUUGUCUCGACAUUCAGGUUUCUCAGGGUGCCAAAGUAUGUGGAAGGAGAGGUCUGUCUUUCCAUCUUGGUUAUCAUUUUUCUGUGUGUGGAAAAAGGGAUUUUGCAGCUUUGUUUUUGUAGCCGAUGUUACGGCAUGUUUAUUUUUCUACAAUUCAAGCAACGGCCAAGAGAAGCAUGGAGCAAAAGAUCUAGAAACAUAAAUACAAGUAUUAGUAAAGGCUUUAUAGUUGUUAAAAGGGAUCUGGCUGAAUAUGCAAAACCAUCACUGGUGAAGUUUUUGACACUUUCAAUCUAAAAACGGAAAAACACUUUAGUAAAAAUCCAACCUUUUCACACCAGAAAUCUAAUCGGCACUGUCAGUCAUCUUUAUUUGUCAUCAGUAAACUUUAUUUGAAUUCAGUUUAGUAGCACCGGUAACCCAUCCCAUUUAGAACCUAGUUUCUCUGCUCCCAUGCCAUUGCUUCAAUCAGUACCAACUUGAUCCAAGUGAUUCUGUCUUGUUUUGAUUUCUGCAUGCUGGAUGGACGUGGACUGUCUACCUGUCCUGUCUCUCCACCUCCCCCCUUUAACCUCCCCCUCCAUCUCUCCCCUCAGGUCUAAGAAGUCCAAGCUGUCCAUAGACAAGUCCACAGAGACAGAUAACGGCUAUGUGUCUCUGGAUGGAAGGAUAACCAAUAAGAGCAGUGAGGAGGGGCUACAGGUCCAUGAUGGAGGAUCUCACCACUGUGACCUGCUGCCGAGGUCAGACGAGACGUGUUGGACCGGACCCCCGCCUCUCACCACACUGCUGCUGCCCCCCGUCAGCAAGGUAAACAACAAGGUAACACACACACACACACACACACACACACCACCACGCAACACACUGCUACUGCCCUCCGUCAGCAGGUAAACAAGGUAGCUAAUGAACACACACACACCACCACGCAACACACUGCUACUGCCCUCCGUCAGCAGGUAAACAAGGUAGCUAAUGAACACACACACACACACCACCACGCAACACACUGCUACUGCCCUCCGUCAGCAGGUAAACAAGGUAGCUAAUGAACACACACACACACCACCACGCAACACACUGCUACUGCCCUCCGUCAGCAGGUAAACAAGGUAGCUAAUGAACACGAACAAACACCACCACGCAACACACUGCUACUGCCCUCCGUCAGCAGGUAAACAAGGUAGCUAAUGAACACGAACACACACACACACCACCACGCAACACACUGCUGCUGCCCUCCGUCAGCAGGUAAACAAGGUAGCUAAUGAACACGAACACACACACACACCACCACGCAACACACUGCUGCUGCCCCCCGUCAGCAGGUAAACAAGGUAGCUAAUGAACACGAACACACACACACACCACCACGCAACACACUGCUGCUGCCCCCCGUCAGCAGGUAAACAAGGUAGCUAAUGAACACGAACACACACACACACCACCACGCAACACACUGCCACUGCCCUCCGUCAGCAGGUAAACAAGGUAGCUAAUGAACACGAACACACACCACCACGCAACACACUGCCACUGCCCUCCGUCAGCAGGUACACACACCACCACGCAAACACUGCUACUGCCCUCCGUCAGCAGGUAAACAACAAGGUAACACACACACACACACACACCACCACGCAACACACUGCUACUGCCCUCCGUCAGCAGGUAAACAAGGUAGCUAAUGAACACGAACACAACUGUCCUAAAACAGGUGAGUUUAGCCUUGUAUAAAUAGACUACAGUCUGGUAUGAAUCUGUCCAUUCGGUCUUCUCAGGAGACCCAGAGCCAUGGUGUGGGCGUGGAGAACAUUUCUGAUGAGGCGUCUAGUGAGGAGGAUCCCGAAGCGUCCUACACCGCCAUCCGUAGGGGUGUAGAGCGCAUCAGCAGCGACUGCACGCUGCGCAACAGGAAACCACAUCACUACAAGAAACACUACACCAACAACACUGAGGUGGGUGACCCCCACACCACCCAGGUUGGUCACACUCACACAGAGACACGCACAGCGACUCACACACACACUUACAUACAGUACAUACUGACAUCAUACACACACACACACACUUACCUACAGUACAUACAUACACAUACCCACACACACACAUAGACAGUUAAUAGACACGCUCCCAAACGUGUGGAUACACUUAGCUACUACAUACACCCAUACACUCACCAUUACUCUCUCUCUCCUCCUCUCGCUCUCUCUCUCUCUCUCUGUAGGAGACUCCCAAGUCCGGUACCAGCUGUAGUUCUCGGUGCUCCAGCUUGCGGACCCAGGACUCCGAGAGCACCAGACAUGAGUCAGAGACAGAGGACCUGCUGUGGGAGGACUUCCUGCACUGUACUGAGUGUCGCUCCUCCUGCACCAGUGAGACAGAGGGAGAGGGAGCUGCAGUCUGCCCUGCUACCAAGAAGGAGUACAGAGAUGACCCCUUUCACCAGGUGGGUUAGGGGUCAAAGGUUAGGAGUUCGAGUUAGAAGUCCGGUGUUAGGGUUUGACAGAGUUAGAGGGAGCUGUAGUCUGCCCUGCUACCAAGAAGGAAAACAGAGAUGACCCUUCCACCGUUUAUCGGGGGUUAGAGGUCAAGGGUUAGAGAAGAGAAGGGGGGGUAAGUGUGGGACUGAGCUUGCAGUAAAAUGGUUGCAACAUUAAUGAACAGGUGUUGGUGGUAGCGUGAAUGUUCCUAUUGAUCUGUUUUUGUUGUGUCACUGUGUGUGUUCUGAUGUAGCCAUGGUAACCAUGGUCAUAUCAACCUUGUCAAUGAGGGUGAUCACCCUCAAAGCCUCAGCAUAUAACAGUAGUUAUUGUGUUGAUCUAGUUGUGUCCUCUACAGGGCCACACAUGGCUACACAGCUCCAACCCAGGCCUGGAGCGGGUCAGUGCCAUCGUGUGGGAGGGGAACGACUGUAAGAAGGCUGACAUGUCUGUCCUGGAGAUCAGCGGUAUGAUCAUGAACAGGGUGAGUAACAGCCAGGGCCUUGAUACUGUUGUCAGGGUUUACAUCUUGUGUGUACUGUAGCACUUUACAAUGUAAGACAGGGAACACCUCGAUCCCCUCCAGCACCCACCUGGGGGAUUUUUAUGCACUAGAAUGUUAAUGAAUGCAGAUUGGACUUGCACUUCAUGAUAUUGGAACGCACUUAUAUAUGCCACAUUUCUCUCUAAUCACUUUACAUUCUCUAUAACUUAGACCAAUGACGUGAAAGAUAUAAAUAAUGUCUGUCUCUCUACUUCCCUCUAUCUCUCCAUCUCGUCCCACUUCCUGAUCUCUCUACUCUUCUUCCUUCCCUUAUUCUUCUCCUGUCUUCUCAUCUCUCCCUCUCUAUCUCUCCCUCUCCCACUCUCCUGACUCUCUCUCUCUCUCUAUCUCUCCUUCCCUCUCUCUCUCCCACUCUCCUGUCUAUCACUCCUUGUUCUCCUUCCGAUAUCUCUCCAUCCCUCCUGUCUCUCCAUCUCUCUCUAUCUCUCCAUGCUCUCCUCUCUAUCUCUGCCACCUACCGUUAUCUCCAUUCUAAUGUAUCUACUUCCCUCGAGCCUGCGUUCGGCUCUCUCUCCUGACCUCCCUAUGGUGCUCACCUGGUACCUCAGCUUCAUGUGCCAGUCUUCUCACUCUGGCUCUAUUCUGUCUCUUCCUGUCAGGUGACCUGAGAGAUCAUACCAGGUUUUGGGGGGUAGAAUUGGGCUGACCUUUGCCGAUGCUGUCAUCAUACAGGACUGGACCAGUGACGAACAGUCUCAACAAGAGCUCAUUCGGUGGCGUUCGGUACUCCUCUGUAUGGGUUGACUACAGGUAACGCCAGCUUCUGUGGGUCCUGCCAUCUGGCUCUGUCGUACUUUCAUGCUCACGUGCGAGAGGAAUCCAAACAUGUAGUGUGUUUGGGGUGAGUGAUGUUGUAUGUGUUUUGUGAAUGUUUAUGCAUCUUAAUGUAUGGAUGUAUAUUGGACCUGUUGAGUUGUUAUACGAAGACAUUAUAUUUCAAAAGUUUAUCAACUCAUGAACUGUUUGGUAUGACCUGCCACCGAGUGACUGCUACUGAUGGUUCUGGCCUACAACCUUCGCCAUUUGGUCACCUGACGCCUCUCAGCCAAUGGAGUCAUGGUGGCCGUUCGAGCUUCCGUCCUGAAAGUCAUGGUGAUACAUAAGGUACCUCACUCUGGUGCGCGCUUCUCAUCUCUAGUCUUCCUGCUCGCUGCCGAUGAGGUCAUACAUCAUGUCUGUGGAGAUCUGACUGUGUCUUUUGAGAUUGUUUCAUCUUAAUAUGGUGUAAUAUUGACAAUUGAUGUUUGAGUACGCAAGACAAUUAUUUCUAAAAGUGUUAUCACGUUCAGAAGUACUACUGGUGUGUGUGUGACCUGCGUCUGCUCUUCCUCAGCUUUUGGUUCACCUACGCUCGGCACGCAGCAGGAAGUACAGAGUCAGCCUCACAUCCUACUGAAGAAGUCCAGAUACAGUAAGAUACAGUAGCAACCUCUCCAUCUAAUAUCAGAGGUGCGGUCCAAAAGUACUACCACUCCUUCUGUAUGUUCCAUACAGUAACUUCCUAGAACCUGCACUCUGUGUCCAACUGCCAUCUUCUGUACGCUGAGUAGUCGGUCAGAACCAGCAAAGUCAGACACUCCUCUUAUGACAGAAGUAGCGGCUCAACACCAGAACAAGUACAGCACACUAUGUUUGACAGAAAGUAGAAGGCCUCAGAACCAGCAAGUACAGCAAACCUCCAUCUUACUGACAGACAGUGACGGCUAGACACAGCAACAAGUACAGCAACACUCCAUCUUACUGACGAUACAGGUAGACAGGCUAGACACCAGCAACAAGUACAGCAACACCUCCAUCUUACUGACAGAACAGUAGACAGGCUCAGACACCAGCAACAGUACAGCAACACUCCAUCUUACUGACGAACAGGUAGACAGGCUCAGACACCAGCAACAAGUACAGCACACCUCCAUCUUACUGACAGAACAGGUAGACGCUCAGACACCAGCAACAGUACAGCAACACCUCCACUUAUGACAGAACAGGUAGACGGCUCAGAAAAGAAGUACAAGCAACACCUCCAUCUUACUGACAGAACAGUAGUGACGCUCAGAGACCCAGCAAGAAGUACAGCAACACCCUCCAUCUUACUGACAGAACAGUAGACAGGCUCAGACACCAGCAACAAGUACAGCAACACCUCCAUCUUACUGACAGAACAGUAGACAGGCUCAGACAACCAGCAACCAAUUACAGCAAGCAACCCUCCAUCUUACUGACGAACAGGUAGACAGGCUCAGACACAGCAACAAGUACAAGCAACACCCUCCAUCUUACUGACAGAACAGGUAGACGGCUCAGACACCAGCAACAAGUACAGCAACACCUCCAUCUUACUGACAGAACAGGUAGACAGGCUCAGACACCAGCAACAAGUACAGCAACACCUCCAUCUUACUGACAGAACAGGUAGACAGGCUCAGACACCAGCAACAAGUACAGCAACACCUCCAUCUUACUGACAGAACAGGUAGACAGGCUCAGACACCAGCAACAAGUACAGCAACACCUCCAUCUUACUGACAGAACAGGUAGACAGGCUCAGACACCAGCAACAAGUACAGCAACACCUCCAUCUUACUGACAGAACAGGUAGACAGGCUCAGACACCAGCAACAAGUACAGCAACACCUCCAUCUUACUGACAGAACAGGUAGACAGGCUCAGACACCAGCAACAAGUACAGCAACACCUCCAUCUUACUGACAGAACAGGUAGACAGGCUCAGACACCAGCAACAAGUACAGCAACACCUCCAUCUUACUGACAGAACAGGUAGACAGGCUCAGACACCAGCAACAAGUACAGCAACACCUCCAUCUUACUGACAGAACAGGUAGACAGGCUCAGACACCAGCAACAAGUACAGCAACACCUCCAUCUUACUGACAGAACAGGUAGACAGGCUCAGACACCAGCAACAAGUACAGCAACACCUCCAUCUUACUGACAGAACAGGUAGACAGGCUCAGACACCAGCAACAAGUACAGCAACACCUCCAUCUUACUGACAGAACAGGUAGACAGGCUCAGACACCAGCAACAAGUACAGCAACACCUCCAUCUUACUGACAGAACAGGUAGACAGGCUCAGACACCAGCAACAAGUACAGCAACACCUCCAUCUUACUGACCAGAACAGGUAGACAGGCUCAGAGACCAGCAAACAAGUACAGCAACACCUCCAUCUUACUGACAGAACAGGUAGACAGGCUCAGAGACCAGCAACAAGUACAGCAACACCUCCAUCUUACUGACAGAACAGGUAGACAGGCUCAGACACCAGCAACAAGUACAGCAACACCUCCAUCUUACUGACAGAACAGGUAGACAGGCUCAGACACCAGCAACAAGUACAGCAACACCUCCAUCUUACUGACAGAACAGGUAGACAGGCAGGGAGGCACACACACACACAGAACCGGUAUAGUUGUAGCAAGACAUUGGAAUUUGACUUUGAGUUCGCCAAUUAAUACUGAGGAAGAACUAGCAGAUGCACCACACUUGCUAACUUGUGUAGUUACACAGGAACACCCACAUUUAAGUGACAGGACAUGAUAAACGAAAGGUUCACCCAUUUUGAAUGUUAUAUAUUUUUUUGUGCAUCUCUGAGUGAUGUUCUACCGAUUCCCUGGGUCAUGUUAUGUUUUCAUGUGUAUCUGAGUUAUUGGCGUUAAAGCAGGCAGAAAAUAGUCCGGAAAAACGUAUCACUGUGAUAAAGUCGCUGUCACUACACUGGAAGUUAAUAGGAAUACUACUUUUAGAUCGCGAAAACUUAUAUCAUACAUGUCAGAUUUCAAUACUGGCCGAUGUCUUAACUCGGGAGGAUGUCUUCUCUCGAAUGAGCCAUUGAUAAUAUUUUUGCUAUAUUCCUACCUCGAGAACGUUGUAAUUUAACGGAAGGUCUAGCACAUCUUCCCUAUUUGUCUGCCUCUUUAGUCCAGGGUGCGUUGUAUGGUGCGGUAACGCCCCACCCAGUAGACUGUCGACCAAUCGCGUUCACGUUGUCAUGCUGCGGAACGUGGUUGCUAAAGCUAAUCGCCACGCAAUCCCUUCUCAAAGUCCGCGUAUAUGUCGGGAAACGUACCUAUUUUCCUCGAAAGUACUUAAUGUCACGAUUCCAAAGCUAUACGAUAUUCCAGAUAUCACGUUAAUUAUCUCACAUAUUGGAAAAUAUUUGUAAUGUUGUACUUCUUGUUGACGUAAUUCGUGCUGAUGUGUUUUUGAGCUAGCGCCCAAUAGACUCCCAUUCCCUCCUGAAGGAGAGCGUUCGGUGUCCUAGAAUCACCCAUAAUGCAUCGCGCGGCCCAUUGAGGUAGCACGGGCAACGUUUCCCAUCUCCUCAAAAGUAUAUCUGCCGUUACGAAUGUCAGAUUCCGUCUGCAGGUUGAACAUGGUGAGAUUGUAAGCGAUUUCACAGCUAACUAGCUACUUUACAUGCUGAUAUUGUCUUUGGUAUUAUUGUGUGUAGCUAUGUUUGCUUGCUAGCUAGCUAGCUAGCUAGCCAGCCAGCCCAUAGAGAGAGCAUUGCAUUGUGGAUUUUGUAGUCGAUUUGAGCUGCAACAGAUUUCCACAACGAUUUUCCAUGUUGCUACCAACAAAAUAGUGUUCUCACAUAUUAGUGUUAUUUAACACUGUAAAUUAAAGGAAUUAGUGGUUUGGGGUGGAUUUUCCAUUUUGUUGACCAGCUGUUUUCACCAGAUCAAUCUGUACCUGAAGAUGGAGAAGAAACCAAACAAGAAGGAGGAUCUGACAUUAGUCAACAACGUACUGAAGCUGGCCACCAAACUAUUGAAGGUACGGCAAGCUCCAUCUCUCUAUUCUCUCUCUCUCUCUCUCUCUCUCUCUCUCGUCCGUCUUCCUCUCUCUUCCACUCUCUCUCUCUCUAUUAUUACCUCUUUAUCAUCUCCUUUCAUUAAUCUCUCUCUCCCUCCAUCUCCUCCCCCCUCCCCAGGAGUUGGAUGCUCCUUUCAGGCUGUAUGGUCUGACGAUGAACCCGCUGCUCUACAACAUCACCCAGGUGGUCAUCCUGUCUGCUGUGUCUGGGGUCAUCAGUGAUCUACUGGGCUUCAACCUGAAGGUAACACACAGGAGUGUGUGUGUGUGUUUGAGACUGUGUGUCCGUGCAUGCGUGUAGUACUACUACUUAUGCACCAGUUUAUUUUAAAUAAAAUGGAGUUGAUUUGUUGAGUGUGUAGAUAUCAGUAUGAAGGAAGAACUUACCAUACUUUUCUGUCCUCAGCUCUGGAAGAUCAAAUCAUGACAGUAAGCUGAUCAGGACACAGCUGGCUCUCUGGAAGAUAUUCUCUCACCACACGAGGGCGUUGUUCUCCUUUCGCUCACUGACUGACUGGGCUUCCCUGUAUCUAUGGACUGACACACAGCCCUGUUCAUAUCAGAGUGCUUACAUUUCACUUGUGCAAUUCAAGAUAUAUUUAUUUUACCCUUUCAGUAUUUUAGUUUUUUUCUUCAUAUUUUGUUUUAGAAAAAACGUUACGAAAUGUUUUAAUUGUUCAAAAAGUUAUUUUAAGCUAUACAGGUUUUGUGUUCUCAGAGGGAUGGGAUCGAAAAACAGCAAGAUGACAAUUCAGUUAAAAAGACAAUAAAAUAGGUAAAAGAGUUCCAUCACUUCAGACUAGUUAGUACAAUGCACAUUAUAAUGCAGCUCUUUAGUUUCACGACUGUGACCCACCCACACACACACAGUCAUUUCACUGUGAGAACUGCAACGAGCAGUUGUUUCAGAUCAUAGACGGACUGUAAUAAUAAUCAUGUGCUUUAAAGCCUACAUACAUACCCACAGGUUUUACUUCCUGGUAAAUUCAAUGUAGGCUUUUUUUUUUUGCUUUUGACAUCAACAACGGUAUACCAAAGUUCAAGAAUAGAUGAACAAUGUUUCUAUGUGUUUGGAGUUUAUAAUGAUAAGCUAAGUGACAGCUGUUGUGGAUAGACAGAGGCAGGAUCAGAACACAUCAGAGACCAUUGGUGAGAAAAUAGGUGAGGUACUGUACUGGCUGGAUGGGAGGUGUACUGGCUGGAUGGGAGGUACAGUACUGGCUGGAUGGGAGGUACAGUACUGGCUGGAUGGGAGGUGUACUGGCUGGAUGGGAGGUGUACUGGCUGGAUGGGAGGUACAGUAUGUACUGGCUGGAUGGGAGGUUGGAGUGUACUGGCUGGAUGGGAGGUACUGUACUGGCUGGAUGGGAGGUACAGUACGUACUGGCUGGAUGGGAGGUACAGUACUGGCUGGAUGGGAGGGUACUGUACUGGCUGGAUGGGAGGUACAGUACUGGCUGGAUGGGAGGUACAGUACUGGCUGGAUGGGAGGUACAGUACUGGCUGGAUGGGAAUAUCCAAACCUAA